GCGCGCCGCCGCAGCCAGAAAGUGAUGUCGUAAAAACACGGAAGACUAGCCGCCCGAAAAGUCCGGCUUUGAGAAAAAAUUCCAUUGUGUGCACGGUGCGAUUGGUUCAGAGCUCUGUCUCUCGCUCGAGCCUCUCCAAUGACCAUUGUGUAGUGACGAUUACGAAGGAUGCAGAAUCAGGAGUCACAGAUGCCACAUAUGUCAGUUCCACCGCCAAAGAUGCCGACUUCUUCAAGCCGCAUUCUUUACGAUAUACCCUGUAAGGUAUGCCGGGAUCAUUCUUCGGGAAAGCAUUACGGGAUAUUUGCUUGCGACGGAUGCGCCGGUUUUUUCAAACGAUCAAUUAGAAGGAAUCGCCAAUACGUGUGCAAGGCAAAGUCCGAGGGGGGUUGUAUGGUGGACAAGACGCAUCGGAAUCAAUGUCGUGCCUGCCGAUUGGCAAAAUGCAUUCAGGCCGGCAUGAAUAAAGACGCAGUGCAACACGAGCGAGGCCCACGGAAUUCGACGCUUCGUAGACAAAUGGCUUUAUAUUUUAAGGAGCCCGAAAUUAUGAAUAGCAUAGUAGCGCCGCCGCCAACGGCUUUAGAUCUUGUUUUGCCCAAAGCGCCGUCGGAACAACGCGUCUCCGUACCUGGACCGUCGCCCCAUCCCUCUCUUCCGCACCCGGCGUAUUGCAACGCAUUGACAGUAUCAAAAAUGCCAUCGAGUAUCCCGAAUCUGCAGUUGCCGUUUAUACCUUCGAUCAAUCCCGAGUCUAUAUGCGAGCAGGCCGCGAGGUUGCUCUUUCUGAACGUGCACUGGGCGCGAGAUUUGGUGUCGACAACGAAUCUCGUGAUGGAGGAUCAGCUGAUGUUGCUCGAGUCUUCCUGGCGCGAGCUCUUCCUGCUGGCCGCCGCGCAACUGAUACCGACCCUCGAUCCCACGCCCUUGCUACCGCUGAACAUCCAGAGUAUCGGGCUCGCGAUCGAGGUGAACCGUUUCCGCGAGACCCUGGCCGGCUUCCACGCGAUGAAUCUGGACCAGCACGAGUUCGCCUGCAUCAGGGCGAUAGUGCUCUUCAAGGCCGGUCUGGACAGCGAACCGGUGUCCAGCAGUAGGAGCACCAGCAGUAACUCACCGAGUCCCGGAAGUCGGCUCAAAGACGCGGUCUGCGUCGCCCGGCUGAUGGACAGCGCGCAAUUGGCUCUAGGACAACGGCUCAGGGAGGCCUCGUACGGAACUACCUUCAGGCUCAACAAGCUGCUACUGCUACUGCCCACUCUGCGCUCCGUGUCCGCGCACGCCAUCGAGGAGCUCUUUUUCAGGACGACUAUCGGCGUGAUCCCGAUCGAAAGGAUCAUCUGCGACGUGUACAAGGCAUCCUAA